AUCAGUCGGUGGGCAUAUUUUGCGAUUACUACGGUAUUGCUGUCGUUCCCAUGCGUGCAUGCGAUUCAUGUGGCCUGGACUUCUCGGAACGCUGGCUCGGUCCAGAACCGAACGGUGUCGGCCUUGCUUUACAACAUGUUCGUGCAAGUCAGUGGCAUGAUCGGUGCUAAUAUUUACCAACUGACCGACGCUCCUCGCCACUUCAAAGCGAGCAGAGGUCUUCUGGUCACAUGUGUUUGGAUGUGUUUCAUCCAAUAUCCUGGAACCUACUUCUACUACCGACGGAGAAACAACCAGAGGGCGAUGGCUUGGGAUGCUUUCACCGAAGAGGAGAAAUACAAUUACAGGACAACAACCACAGAUGAGGGUGACAAGCGGUAG